CUUAAAAAGGCGCUUAGCUUAAACCCUUAAACCUGUGACUGCGCCGCGUUCUCUUCGUUCUUCAUCCUCCCAAUCUCUCUCUAUAGCCUUCCGUUCUCUCAAAACGUAAGAUUUGCUACUAAAGGUACUUCCUUUCCAGCUCUUGUGUCGAUUUCAAGUUUCCAUCGUCUUCGGAGGAUUUGAGUGUAGGCACGAUUAAACCUAAAUUCUCCCCUUUGUUUUGUGUUUGUGACAAAAUUAAUCACUGGGUUGCCUAGAAACCCUACUUUUAGUGUCUGUGGUUUCAUCUAUUAACAGGUAUCGAUGGCUAUUGAUGGGAGUUUCAACCUUAAACUUGCCUUGGAGACUUUUUCUGAACGUUGCCCCAAGGUGGAAGCUUUUCCAUUUUUCAGUUGGGUUCUCAGCAAGGGAGGAGAAGUGGUGGAUAACGAAAAGGUGAUUCAUGCUUUGUCGGAUGUGUUUCUUCACCCGGAGUGUACAAUUCCGUUGGUUCAUUGCUUCCUUCCUAUUAUAAGAAGGGUUGUAGAUAGAGUGGUGGGAAAUCUUCAUCUAGUGGGUGAUCUAAAGUCAAGCACUGACUACUCAGACGAUGUGUCAUCAGUUUUGGAUAAUGCCAUGAAGGGAGGUAUGAGUGUGAUUGAUUUUUAUGAUCGGCGUGGACAAAGGUUGGAGCUUCAUGAGUGUGCUUGCUUGGCCUUCAGUCGUGCACUUCAUUUGAAUUCGUCUUUGCUAGGGUCUAUUCUAAAUUAUUUUAAGGAAGCUCCACCACCAUACCAGCGAAUUCUUGUGAAAGAAACAAUUUAUCAGUUGCACAUGGAGGCUACAGCGGCGUACUUGCUUUGUCUUCGUGUAUCAUAUCGUUUUCUCGUCAUUAGACCUGAUAUUUUCUCUAAGUUGUGGGAUUGGUCUUGUUACUUGGACUCCAUGAAAAGGCUCUCAGAAUGUCCUAGACAAAAAAGGCAUUUCUCGGAAAAGCAUCGAGACGCUGUGUGGUGUGGGAUUCAAAUUCUUUCUGUUGUUUUAAGAUGCAGUGACAGAGUAGCUGGAUGUUUUGGUUUUGAAGUGGAAGAAGCACUUUCGUGCUUGCUACGCUGGGAAGAAUUUUGUCAGGAUAUAGAAAUAGAAAAGGCUGGAUUAUACAUUCAGUUGCCUACAUACACAGCUGUGAAGUCUUUGCAACAAUUUAACACACUUGUACCUGGGAUUCACAAGCGACAAUCAGCAGGUUUAGAAACAAAUGAGCCAUUGAUGAAGAUUCGGAGGCUGGACACCUGGGAUGUCAAAUCUUUCUCUGAACCAUUUGAAAUCCACUCUAGGGUGGAGAAAUCUUUUGAAAUGGUCUCAUUGGCUGUUAGUCAAAAGCGACCUGUUCUUCUGUAUGGUCCCUCGGGAUCUGGAAAGUCUGCCCUCAUUAGGAAGUUGGCUGAUGAAAGUGGUACCCAUGUUGUGUUUAUCCACAUGGAUGAUCAACUUGAUGGGAAAACGUUGGUUGGCACUUAUGUCUGUACCGAUCAACCUGGCGAAUUCAAAUGGCAGCCUGGCUCACUUACCCAGGCGAUUAUGAAUGGUUUCUGGGUGGUUCUUGAAGACAUAGACAAAGCUCCAUCAGAUGUUCCCCUCGUCUUGUCACCUUUGCUGGGAGGGUCUGGCUCAUUCUUGACCAGUCAAGGCGAGGUAAACACUCUUUUUGCUGCUCCAUUUCUUAUCCUAUAUGGGGANGGUUUAAAGUGUUACCCGAGAAUACUAUGA